UAGAGCGGCGGCCGGAGCGGCGGCCGCGGUGGCAGGAGUGGGGGCGGCCGCUGCAGCCCGGAGCCCCAUGGUGCGGGGCCGCGGCCAGGCCGCAGGAAGAGCCCAAGGCCCGGGCUGCCCCAGCUGACCGUGCGGGUCCGUACGGCCCGGAGCCGCCGCAGCCCGGCGGGCCCUCCAGGGCGCAGGCCGGCCCGCCAUGGGGUCCCUGUUCCGGAGCGAGACCAUGUGCCUGGCGCAGCUCUUCCUGCAGUCCGGCACGGCCUACGAGUGCCUCAGCGCCCUGGGGGAGAAGGGCCUGGUCCAGUUCCGAGACCUCAACCAGAAUGUAAGUUCUUUCCAAAGAAAAUUUGUUGGUGAGGUGAAGAGGUGCGAAGAGCUAGAGCGAAUUUUGGUGUAUUUGGUGCAGGAAAUUAAUAGAGCUGAUAUUCCCCUUCCUGAGGGAGAGGCCAGUCCUCCUGCGCCACCUCUUAAACAGGUUCUAGAAAUGCAGGAGCAGUUGCAGAAGCUCGAGGUUGAACUAAGAGAAGUCACUAAGAACAAGGAGAAACUGAGGAAAAAUCUGCUGGAACUGAUUGAGUAUACUCACAUGCUGAGGGUGACAAAAACCUUUGUGAAACGAAAUGUUGAGUUUGAACCCACUUAUGAAGAAUUCCCUGCCUUAGAGAAUGAUUCUUUGUUGGACUACAGCUGUAUGCAGAGGCUGGGAGCAAAACUGGGGUUUGUGUCUGGCCUAAUUAAUCAAGGAAAAGUUGAAGCAUUUGAAAAAAUGUUGUGGAGGGUCUGCAAAGGGUACACCAUUGUGACCUAUGCAGAACUGGAUGAGUCCCUUGAAGACCCUGAAACAGGGGAAGUCAUAAAAUGGUAUGUGUUUUUAAUAUCCUUUUGGGGAGAGCAGAUUGGCCACAAGGUUAAGAAGAUAUGUGAUUGUUACCACUGCCAUGUCUACCCAUAUCCAAAUACGGCUGAGGAGCGAAGAGAGAUUCAGGAGGGACUAAAUACUCGGAUUCAAGAUCUUUAUACUGUGCUUCACAAAACUGAGGAUUACCUAAGGCAAGUGCUCUGUAAGGCUGCUGAGACGGUCUACAGCCGCGUCAUCCAGGUGAGGAAGAUGAAGGCUAUUUACCACAUGCUGAACAUGUGCAGCUUUGACGUGACCAACAAGUGCCUCAUUGCCGAGGUCUGGUGUCCUGAGGCUGACCUGCAUGACCUGCGCCAUGCGUUGGAGGAAGGCUCGAGAGAGAGUGGUUCUACAAUCCCCUCAUUUAUGAACACAAUCCCAACAAAAGAAACACCUCCCACUCUCAUCCGCACCAACAAGUUCACUGAGGGAUUUCAGAACAUCGUGGAUGCCUAUGGAGUUGGCAGCUACAGAGAAGUGAAUCCAGCUCUCUUCACCAUCAUCACUUUCCCAUUUUUAUUUGCUGUGAUGUUUGGAGACUUUGGACAUGGCUUUGUGAUGUUCUUAUUUGCCCUCUUGCUGGUGUUAAAUGAAAAUCAUCCCAGACUAAAGCAGUCACAGGAGAUCAUGAGAAUGUUUUUUAAUGGUCGAUACAUUCUCUUGCUGAUGGGACUGUUCUCAGUAUACACAGGCCUCAUCUACAACGACUGCUUUUCAAAGUCAGUCAACCUUUUUGGCUCUGGGUGGAAUGUCUCUGCCAUGUACAGCUCCAGUCACGCUCUGCAGGAACAUAAGAAGAUGGUACUUUGGAACGACAGUGUCGUGAGGCACAGCAGGGUUUUGCAGUUGGAUCCGAGUGUUCCUGGAGUGUUCCAAGGCCCUUAUCCUCUUGGCAUUGACCCUAUUUGGAACUUGGCCACAAAUCGCCUCACUUUUCUAAACUCUUUCAAAAUGAAAAUGUCUGUGAUUUUAGGAAUUAUUCACAUGACCUUUGGAGUCAUUCUGGGAAUAUUUAACCACUUGCACUUCAGGAAGAAGUUCAAUAUUUAUUUGGUUUCCAUCCCAGAACUUCUCUUCAUGCUCUGCAUCUUUGGAUACCUUAUAUUUAUGAUUGUUUAUAAGUGGCUGGUUUUUUCAGCAGAAUCCUCCAGAGUUGCUCCUAGCAUUCUGAUUGAAUUUAUCAACAUGUUUUUAUUCCCAGCUAGUGAGACAAAUGGUCUUUAUCGAGGGCAGGAGCAUGUCCAGAGAGUGUUGCUAGUUGUCACAGCUUUGUCUGUCCCCAUCCUCUUCUUGGGAAAACCACUCUUUUUGCUGUGGCUGCACAACGGGCGCAGUUGCUUUGGAGUAAGCCGGAGUGGCUACACACUUGUCAGGAAAGACAGUGAGGAAGAGGUUUCUUUGCUGGGAAGCCAAGAUAUAGAAGAGGGAAAUAACCAGAUGGAAGAUGGAUGCAGAGAAGUGACAUGUGAAGAGUUUAAUUUUGGAGAAAUAUUAAUGACCCAAGUAAUUCACUCCAUUGAGUACUGUCUUGGAUGCAUCUCCAACACCGCUUCAUACCUGAGGCUCUGGGCGCUCAGUCUGGCUCAUGCACAGUUAUCCGAUGUCCUGUGGGCCAUGUUGAUGCGAGUGGGCCUUCGUGUGGACAGGACAUACGGGGUCUUGCUGCUGCUCCCGGUUAUUGCGCUUUUUGCAGUUCUGACAGUUUUCAUCCUUUUGAUCAUGGAAGGGCUUUCUGCAUUUCUUCAUGCCAUACGCCUCCAUUGGGUAGAAUUUCAGAACAAAUUCUACGUUGGUGCCGGCACCAAAUUUGUUCCUUUUUCAUUCCGUCUACUUUCAUCAAAGUUCAAUAAUGAUGACAGUGUGGCAUGAUCAUGUUGCUGUAACCAACAAGCUUUCAGAUAUAUGGAGAAUUAUCAUGUUAUAGAAUUUCACUUGUGUCAGAUUUAUGAUAGGAAAAAUUCUGUCUUCAUCGAUUGCCUUAUGAUAUAGCCAAAUAAUUUUGUAAGAUAUACCUCUUCCUCAUAUAUUAAAUAUUUUGUAAAGUUUACCAAUUUCAGAUAUAUAAAGUUCUUUUGGUUUUUAUG